UUGUGGCAGAUGCAUUCCUCCUUCCACUAGACCUGGUCGGUUUUGUAACAUAAGAGGACGUGCCUUUGUGCACCGUCCUCGACGUGACCCCCUAAUGCCGGCCUCGUAACAGGCCGGACCCAAUUCCGGGAGAAGGACCGCCCGGGACUCGCGGCGGAGAUGCUGAGCGGUGCGGCCAGCCGGGCCAGGCCGAGGCUGGGCAGCCUCUUCCUCGCGCCCGCCACCACAAUGGCACCAGCGCUACCCGCAGCUCAACCACCACCGUCGGCGUCCAACGCGGGCGGGCGCCGACUGAGGUCCACGUCCUCCCUCCAGGGCGUCUCCGAACUCGCCCGGGAGCGCUCCAAGACGGUGACAUCGUUUUACAACCAGUCGGCCAUUGACGUCUCGGCGGAGAAGGCCUCGGUGCGACUCACCUUAGCCACCUUGCUGUACGCUGGCAAGUCUCCGGACGGACACCACAUCCUGAGCAGCGCAAAGUACCUGCACAAGGAGUUGCCGGUGCGCAUCGCCCACCGCAUCAAGGGCUUCCGGAGCCUGCCCUUCAUCAUCGGGUGCAACCCCACCAUCCUGCAAGUGCAUGAACUCUAUAUCAGGGCAUACCACAUGGUCAGCGACUUUCCUCCUAUCAAGGAUCAGGACGUGGAAGCUGGCUUCUGCAAGCUGGUGCAGCAGCUGCUGGACGACCACAAGGACGUGGUCACCAUGUUGGCGCAGGGUUUCAGGGAGUGUCGCAAGCACCUCCAAGACGAGACUAUACUCCGCAACUUCCUGGACACCACACUGUGUUCCCGUCUGGGCAUCCGAAUGUUGGCCACCCACCACCUCGCCCUGCACGAAGACAACGCCGACUUCGUGGGCAUCAUCUGCAGACGUUUGUCCCCCAAGAAGAUUAUUGAGAAGUGGGUGGACUUUGCCAGGCGUUUGUGCGAGCAUCAGUACGGCAACUCUCCCAGAGUUCGCAUCAACGGUCACGUGGCGGCGCGCUUCCCCUUCAUCCCGCUGCCGCUCGACUACAUCUUGCCCGAGCUGCUCAAGAACGCCAUGAGGGCGACCAUGGAAAGCCACUUGGACACGCCCUACAACGUCCCCGACGUGGUGGUCACCAUCGCCAACAACGACAUGGACUUCGUCAUCCGGAUUUCAGACCGCGGCGGCGGCAUCCCGCACAGGAUCAUCGACAAGGUGAUGGACUACCACUUCAGCACGGCCGAGGAGAGCGCGCAGGACCCGCGCAUGAACAACUUGUUCGACAACAUCACCAACAGCGGCAACCAUUCUGGACCGAUGCACGGGUUUGGUUUUGGGCUGCCGACUUCGCGGGCCUACGCCGAGUACCUCGGGGGCUCGCUGUCCAUCCAGUCCAUGCAGGGCAUCGGCACCGACGUCUACCUGCGCCUGCGCCACAUCGACGGGAAGGGCGAAAGCUUCCGAGUGUGACUCCGCCCUCGCCUUUGCGGUUCCUGCAACAUUUCGUCUUUAUUUUUUUCUUUUCUUUUUGCCUUAGAAUUAUAAGCUAUGUUAGCUCUCAAAUUGAGGACUUGUUUUUUGGGAUUAGUUAUCGGUACAAAACUCUGCGUCAUGUCUUUACAAAAAAAAAAAAAAGUUACUCCUCAUGAAGACACUCCAAGUUCGAAAGAUGAAGGAUCAACUCACUUGCCCAAAAAAAAAGCAUGUUUUCAUUUUUUUGGACUGGCAGAUUUUUAUUUUUUAUUUUUUUGGGACUUAUUGAAGCUUUUUGCCUUUUUUUUUUUCUCUGCGUGGUUCCUCACUGGUUCUCAUUGCCUUUGCCGUUUUCCGUACUGUACUUUUUGACUUUUGCUGCGUAACGGUAGCACGCCGGAGAAGUAUCAGCGUCUUGUGGAGUUUUGCUUGUUUUAAGCGAGCUUGUUUUUUUUUUUUUUUCUUUCAAGGUUUCCCCGCAAUGUCCAGGCCAGCACUGACACAAAGGUGUGCAGCAACAUUUUUAUAUUUUUUUCAUAAAAAAAAAAAAAACCCAAACAUUUUUAGCCUGUCCAUCAAAAAAAUAAUCUAAAUCUCAACAGGAGUUGAAGAAAACCCACUAAAGUUGUUUUUGUUUUGCAUUUUUAAAUAUUUUUUUCUUCAAAACCUUUUUUAAUGUAUUUUCAGUUUUGUUAAAAACGAUCAACACUUUUCAUGCAUGCAUCUCCACAAUUAUAAAAUACAAAAAUCUGACUUUUACCUGCAUGCAUAAUCAACUUUUAUUUCAGAAUUUUUUUCCACUAUGUAUGCCUCUCAAUACGCCCCUCCCCUUUGAAGUAACAAAAACUUUUUUCUGCAUGUCUUCAAAUUUAAUUUUUCUGGGACCCCGCCAUCCCCAAACCAAUCUCAUUAUUUAUGUGCAUACAUCCGUACCAAUUUUUAAAAAUUAUUUUCACCCAAAAUAACCAAACAUUUUUUUAUGAAAGCAUUUUUUUGAGGGGAGGGUAGUGUGAUCAAAUCUUUUUUUUAGUUCUUACUUUGAAAGAAAAAGGUAGACUCAAAUGAAAGUGAAAGAUGGAAUUUUUUUUCUCAAAACAAAAAUUCGACAAGUUCUGGUGCCAGGGAACGAUCUUUUUGACGUUUAGCUCUUUUAAGCUCAGCUCAAUGGGUGUCCCGAUUUCUCAUUUUUCGCAACAUUGGUUUUUUUUUUUUUUUUUUUUUAAAUGAAUGCCACUUUUAAGUGACUGAACUGAAGAAUGAAUGCAAUGAACUCGUAUGGUUUCAAUAGACCAUGUGUGUAAAUAUGUAGUUAGUGCAUGUGAGCAGUGAAUAGCACACGAAAAUGAAACAUUGAAGCCCGGUGCCCCCAUCUGCUGGUUAAUAGAAGAAAACUAGCUGACUGAAGAAAAAACUAAAAACAUUUUCAAGUGAAGUCACUGUCGCCUGACUUUGGCACCGAGUUUUUGUCUUCUGGCCGUUCAAGGUUUUGUACAUUUUCUCUUCACAGAGAAUUUAGUGUACACAAUGACGACAAAAAGAUGUAUGAUGAUUAUUUGCCGUUUUGCCACCCUAUGUUUUCAUGAUGUUCUCUGCAUUAAAACUUUGCAUUGUUUUGGACUGUUGUCAUUCCAUGGUUCGACACUACAGUACUGGAUUUUAUCCCGAUGUAUAAAUACACAUGCAAAUUAGAUAUGAUUCACAUCACAUUAUACUGGAAGUAUUUAUGGACAAGAAAAAAAAAUCUUGUUUCUAUUUUAGCAUACACUUUUUAAAAUUAUUGUUCAUUUUUUUUUAGUACAUAGUCAUUCCCAAGAGCCAAAACAUGUUAUGUUUCAGUGCAAUGAAGAUGCAGCUGCCUGUAAUUAUUCACACGGCCACCAGGUGGCAUCGUGUGCACAGUCUAGCCCGACUAUCUUCGGACAGGAGACAGUGAAAAUGUGUGUUAUUAUUUUGGUUAAAAACAAAAUAAUUCAAAAGGACAUUUAAAAAAACGCAUUGGUUCUAAAACAAAAAUGCUUAAAAAAGAAAGAGUAAAAAAUGUCAAACCAUGUUAAAGUGCCACUGUUAUGAAAUGCAUGAUUUUUAGUGUUAUUAAUGAAAAAAAAAAAAAAAAGGCAGCCGGAAUGGGCUAAUCCCUUUUUUCACCACAAAAUAGUAUUUUGACGUAUAUGGCUUUUCGUCACUCCCGCCAUGAAAACCCUCUCGAGGGAUUUUUUUUCGACAAGCAUAUGCUCAUAUUUAUUUUUUCGUAUGGACAUUGAAGUGAAUAAUGUAAGUAUUUUUUCAUUACGAUAUCUAUUUUAGAAUGUUUAUAGGCAUGACACUUGACCUUUAAGUAACUUGUUACCUCUCUGUGAGUUAGCAGCGAGCAUUAAUAAUUGAUGUGAAGGUCAACUUUAUAGAAUACACACGCUUGUUACGAGAACUGCGGUUUAUGUUCAAUAUUAACACAGGAGGCGUUUCAAGCGCUGCCCGGAGGAGGAAGGCAAAGUCAAACAACGUGAAACACUACCCGUGUUUCUAUCGCUAAUGAGAACAAAGGAAGUUAGUUGGAAAGCGAGGAAGUACUGGAGAUCUCGCGCAGGUGUAAAACUCAAGGCCCGGUGUCUCUCUAGAGAAGAUGGCAGCUAAGAAAUUCACGUUUUCUUGGCCAGUCAAGGACGUUGCGGCGUUUGUAGCGAGCUAAGAUAGUUGCCGUUUUGGUAGCUAGCUAAGGAAGGGCAGCUAAUUAGCGAAGACUUAGCUAAUUAAGAAAGUUGCUGUCGUCGUAGCUAACACGUCACAAUUGGGAAAAACUAAAACGUUCUUUUGGUUUUGAACAGUCAUGUGAGAAAAUGGAAGUGUAUCGCUUCAAGCAGCACUCGAAGGCUUUUGUGAGAUUUGUCAACAAAGACUUUAAAAAAAAUAGUGUAACAGUGUAACAGACCAAAUUUGGAUUAAGACUUAACAGUUAAAUCAUCACUUGUGCGGUGUGGACAUCCGUCCAUUCGUGACAAAUAUUAACAUGGCAAAUAUGGCUUUGAUAACAUUGACACAAAAAUAGCUUAUAAGGAAAAAAAAUGUAUACACUCACAGGCUACUUCAUCAAAAGAAGUAUAAUCUAAUCGGAUAUAAUGCAGAUCGUUGGAGCAUUAUUGGUAACUAGGCAACGAAUUUUGUCAAAUAAUUUCAUACAUGAGAGCAGGGGCAUAGUAGUUACAAAAUUCCAUAUGAUAAUUUACCUAAUGAGAUUGGAAAUUGAAUUCAAAAGUGCGUCGUUUCACUUGAACGGCAACAAUGUUUACAUGACUGGGUGGGUGAGGGGGAAUUACAUUUUAUGUUUAAAAAAAGUAAUUAUACAACUAAAGCCGUGGUACUGUACAGCAAAAUCAAGCACGCCUUGUGACUUUUUCAUCUUAACGAAGGCAGUGUUCCUAAUAAUGUGACCUGUGAGUGCAUAGCACAAAAAGGGAACAACGCAUCGCUGUCCAGUGAAAAACAUUUUUUUUUCUAUAACUGUGUAUCUAUUUUACCUGAAACAAAGAAAAUCACUUUUAGUGUUUUCAGAUUAAAAAAAAAAAAAAAAAAAAAAAAACACAAAACAGAUAUACAGCAUGUCAUGUGAAACCGUGGCAACAACAACAUGGCACAAAGAACAGCGUAGCCCUUUUUUUUUUUUUUGUGAAAAUAUUUCACGCCAAUGAACAGACAAAACUAGAUACCCAAAUAUUCCUUUGAUAUCCAGCUGAAGGUCACGCGAUCUGAGGAACAAAAAACGCUAAGAAUGACGACAAAGCGCCGACUGGCAAAUGGACCUCACGCUCGGAGUGGCAAAAAAAGUUACGUGAAAAACGCAAACGCUGACAGAAAGUUGAUAUCCAACAAGAAUAAAAGGAGAGGGGAGGGGGGGGGGUUCAUAAACUUUCCAUGGAAAUAGAAGGCAAUGAGCCAGGGAAUUAUAAACUUCUACUAAUGUGCUGAAUUUUUAGGAAAAAGGGGGUACUAGUACUGUAUAUGGACCUAAAGCACAGUAAAAGUAAUAUCAACAUUGUAGUAGUGGGCCAAAAUACAGGAAGUCCCAUCGCUCAGUGGUUUGAACAUUGGUUUGAUAAACGAGAGGUCGUGAGUUCGUAUCCCAAAGGGGUCUCGGCUCCCCCUGAGGGGUUGUGUCAGGAAGGGCAUCCGGCGUUCAAAACGGUGCCAGACAAAUAUAAGCGAUGUGGCGACCCCUAACGGGACAAGUCGAAAGAAACUUCUAGUAGUAGGCCAAAAGCGAUACUAGUAAAAAAAAAAAACAAUUUGAAUUGGUGCACAGAGUGUGGUAUUGAGGACAAAGCGCGCACUAGUAAAGUCCGUUCUUGGACCCCUCCUGUUCAGCCUCUAUAUACUACCCUUGGGUCAAAUUCUUCAGAACUUUAUGACUAUCAUAGCUAUGCAGAUGACACGUAAACACCAAGUCCGAAACCUUGGUGUUCUGAUUGAUUCCGACCUGACUUUCAACAGUCAUUUCAAAAGUCUUUCACCAUCUGAAGAACACAUUGAGAGUGGAGGCUUGCAUGUCUCAAGCAGACCAGGAAAAACUCAUCCAUGCUUUUAUCUCCAAGUAGACUUGACUAUUGUAAUGGUCUUCUGACUGGACUCCCCCAAAAAGAGUAUUAAACAGCUGCGGCUGGCGUUUUGACUGGAACAAAGCGGUCAGAGCAUAAGUCCUGGAUUCCAGUCAGCUUUAGAAUAGAUUUGAAAGUCCUGCUACUGGUCUAUAAAUCACUAAAAUGUUUUAGAUCCCGAAUACAAGAAAGAAAUGGUUACGGAAUACAAACCCAGUAAAGCUCUGAGAUCGGCUGACUCGGGUCACAUAGUGGAGCGCAGAGUACAAAGCAAACAUGGCGAAGUAGCAUUUUGCUAUUGUGCCGCACACAAAUGGAAGAAAUUGCCACUUGGACUUGUACACGCUUUUAAACGUUUUUGUCUCUUUGUUUUCGGGCGCUUUUGAUCACGUAAAGCACAUUGUAUUACCUUUCCGUAUGAAAUGCGCUACACAAAUUAAUUUGCUUUGCGUGAGUACGCGGACCUUGAGCUGGAUGUCAAGCCAAUCAACUAACCUUUAUUGAAAGCCAUUUGAGCAUAAAGCCGGUUAAGCAUUUGGUCAAUAUUCUUGAUAUCCAUGUUUUCAUCAUACUAGCAGGAGAAAAGCGGUAGCAAAAUGGGUGGGUGGGUGGGUGGGGGGGGGUGUGGACAAUUACAGUACUAGUAACCCACAGUUUUACUAAUGCUUCAUUCAACAUAGCUUGAGACUGCACUGUUGUAGUGUUUUGUUUUUAACGUCGCUAUUAUAUUGUUGAGUCGCCUCAACGUUUUUCUUUUUACAUACUGUGCAGCUGUGAUAUUUUUCAAGUGCUCUGCAAAUGAAGUUGCGUUCAUCACCUUGUCGAAGGAAGUUGGAAGUUGUGAAAAAAAAAAAAACAA